CUUAAGAGUGGGCGGGGUCUGUGGAAAGCAACAGCUUGGAGUAAGCGGAGGGUGAGUAGAGACUCGAACCCGCGGUUCUACUGAAUAAAGUCCAGUCUGACUGUUUCUGCGGACACUUCCCGGGUCUGUGGACGUUUCCAGCAGCUAACGUGUGGGGCGGGCCAUGCUGUGACGUCACAGUGCCCAGGCGUCCAAUGACAACGCUCGGAUCAUGGCUGCGUGUGGGACACCACAACGAGCGGACCAAUGAGGCGGAAGGACAGCCAUGACGGACCAGGACGGGGACAAGGGGGGCGCAGCCAGGGGGGCGGUGGCGUUACCGUGGCGACGGGUGGCGGGGAGACAGGCGGUGUUACCGCGGCGACGCUGCCUGUCUUCCUUUUCCCCUCGGAGCUUCUCUUCUUCUCUGAACAGAGACGCUGCCACCGCAGAGUUCUCACUCUCUACAACCCUUACAGCUUCACACUGGAUUACAAGAUGUUGUGUACGUCUCCUUCUCUCUACCGAGUGCUGGAGGCCGAGGGCAGCGUCCGAGCCAAGUCUUGUGUCGACCUGGUGGUGCGUCACCUAAACGUGUCCCCGGCUAACUGCGGCCGCAGAGACCGGUUCCGCCUGGAGGUGAGAGGAGGAGGCCAGCGGGGGGGACGCGAGGUCUGGGCCGAGCUGAGAGGGGGGGAAGAGGGGGGAGGAGAGGGGGAGGAAGAGGAGGAGAGGAAGAGGAGGAAACCAGGAGGACACCAGCAGAGGGCCUUGCAGCUGCCACUGGUCCCUACAGCUGUGCGUCCCAGUGUGUCUCAGUGGCUGCUGUGUGUGCUGCUGGCCCUGCUGUGUGUCGCAGUGUUGAUGCUCCCCCUCCACACUGACAGCGGCUCGAUAGUUCCACGCUGCCUGCACGUCUCCACCAAUCAGAAGCUGGCCUGCGCCUACACACUAGGUCUUCUCACCAUGGUGUUUCUACGGUGACAUCACGCUGCCUCCGCUGUUUUGAUGGACAGCCUCAUGACCUCCGUCACACAUACAUACAUACACACACACACACACAUACACAUACACAGACACACACAGAGACACACAUACACACACACACAAAUGGAGCUCUGCAGCGGGAGAGAAAACUUUAUUUAAACUGGACCAGAGACAGACCAAGCUGUGGCUCGGGGCCCUGAAGAGGUCUUCUUCAUUUCCAUUCCAUGUCAUUUAGACUUGUCAUAUCCACUGCUCCACCGUUCAUCUAGCUAUGAAUCAAUAAAGACGGGGGGUGCGGGAGUGUUUGUAAAGUUUCUCUGAAAUACAUGUUUAAAGUAUUUGAAAAAGUUUAAAUAUUUUGGGGAAAAAUGUUAAAUAUUAAAAGACGAACAAUCUGAAUAUUUUGAGAAUUUGUUUUAAAAACUGUGAAAAUGAAUAAAGUUUGUUUGAAUAACUUUAUUGGUAUUCUUACAUCAUGAAGAGUUAAACAGGAGAAUAAUAUAAAAAUAAUAAUGUUCAUGAAUAGUUAUUAUACAAUCUUUUCUUCUUGGUGGUAAUCAGCUUCCGUAUUUCCAAAAUAAAAUACCUUUCUGUGAA